AUGUACAAAUCAAUUUUUAUCAGAAGCGGAUUUAGAGGACCCAUAUCAAAGGCGAUAUAUACAGCUAGAAACUACUCCACUCGAUCAGCUAAUGAUUCCCCCUUGAAACAUCUAAAACUAAAGCAUCCCAAAUGGAUCAAUUGGAAGACAACAACAGCAUUCUUUCUAUUGGGUAGUUAUAUGGCAUAUAACGAGACUUUGUUCAAUUACUAUGAGAGCUUCACAUCAUUGGAUGAGAACGAUCCAAAUGCCCAUAUUAUUCCUUUGCAAUUAGAAUACAACUUGAAAAACCAUCCAAUUUAUCAAGAAUUAACGCAUCCCAAGAAUGCUCAAUACUGGUAUAAACUUCUGAGUUGGGAGAAUUUGGAUAGAAAUGUUUUAGAUAAUCAAUCCAAAAUUAAAUCUCAAGAUGAAUACCAUGAACCUACUUUGACAAAUAGAACAUUGGCAAAACCUGGAGGGAUUUUGAUCAAACCAGUAAUUUUUCACAAUAUUGAAACCGAUGAAGGUGUAACUAUGGUUCAUGUGGGAUAUAGAUUAUGUGGAUACCCAUUUAUAGUACAUGGAGGAAUAAUUGCCACGUUAUUAAAUGAAACGUUUAAGCGUAAUGCAUCACUUUCGCAAUCCACUACUUCGAAUUUAAAGGAUGAUUUCAAGGUUGAAAAUCUAACUAUUAAUUAUAAAAGGCCAACAUUUGCUAAUCAAUUCUUGAUAGUGAAAACUCGAAAGAAAGAAAGCCCGUUGAAUGAUGACAAGACUAUUGUUUUGGAAAGUGUGAUUGAGAACCUGAAGGGGAAGGUAUUAGUUAAGAGUCAGGCAUUGUUACAUGACACCGGUAGAGCCACAAAUAGGAUUAAGGCAGAAAAGAGCUCAUUUAAGAAAUGGUUUGGCUUUUAA